AGCAAGCGAUCACGUGGCCGACGGGAGGCUCCGUCUGGAAAAUCUAAUGGAAUAACAAAUCACGGCUAAUAAUAAUCUGUGUUUUUAAUAAUACCGGCCGCCUGUUUGUACCGGUUUGUGUGUAAGAGGUGUCCCGGGGAGGCUGGCUCUGUGGACCCGCAGGAUAUAAACUGUGAGCGGCUCAGUAUGGAGCCCUGCUGGACGUUAACGGACUCCAUCUGCACCCACCGGGCUGUUCCGCUGCUGCUUUAUUAUUUUAGUUAGCAGCUGGUUUCUGAUGUGAACCGGUGGCUUUAUCUGACCAGGUUUAAAAGCUCCGUUGUGUCUUAACGUGAGGUAGUCUAAACCCAAUGUUUUGUCCCGGGAUAGCGACUCUUUGACACGCUUUCUGUGGUUACAACCCCGUUAUACAACUGAAGUUAUUCCGCCUCAAACAGUCCAGGACCAGCAGUGACUCCAGCAGACUCCGGGGACAUGCCUGGGAUCUGACUGUUUCAGUGUUAAAGUUUGACACAGUGUUCAUCGAAACAUGAAGUCGUCUCUGGCUCCCGGGAUCCGGCUCAUCACCGCCUUCUCUAGAGAUAGCUGGUAUCGCGGUUUCAUUCUUUUCCUCACCUUCCUCUUCUACACAGCCUACCAUCUGUCACGGAAACCUAUCAGCAUUGUUAAGAGUGAGCUGCACAGAAACUGUUCCUCAGUCAUUCGACCAGCAGACUUAAACAUUACCAAUAAUGAGACGUGGUGUGACUGGGCACCUUUUGACCAGGACAACUACCAGACUCUGUUUGGGGUCUUGGAUAACUCCUUCCUGGUUGCCUACGCCAUCGGCAUGUUUUUCAGUGGGAUAUUUGGCGAGCGCCUGCCUCUUCGGUACUACCUGAGUUUUGGGAUGCUGACAAGCGGAUUGUUCACAUGUCUUUUUGGCCUCGGUUACUACUGGGGCAUCCACUCAUUAGGGUACUAUGCCUUCAUCCAGGUCAUGAACGGGCUGAUGCAGACCACCGGUUGGCCAGCAGUGGUGGCUUGUGUCGGCAACUGGUUCGGAAAGGGGAAGCGUGGCUUUAUCAUGGGUGUGUGGAACUCCCACACCUCAGUGGGAAACAUCUUGGGCUCCCUCAUCGCAGGAGCCUUCGUGUCCACGGCAUGGGGAAUGUCCUUCAUCGUCCCUGGACUCAUCAUCGCCUCCACGGGCGUCCUCUGUUUCUUCUUCCUGGUUGAGAAACCUGAAGACGUCAACUGCACUCCUCCUCAGCACCACAGCGGACAGGAGAAUGGCGAGACGGAGCCCGUGGUGCACAACCCGUCCCAUAUUGACAGAACCGACAACGGUGCCAUCACCAGAGAGCCUGUGGAGCCUAUAGAGGAGCACACGGAGGCCAUCAGCUUCUGUGGGGCUCUCAGUAUACCUGGAGUGGUGGAGUUCUCUCUCUGCCUGCUGUUCGCCAAGCUGGUCAGCUACACGUUCCUCUACUGGCUUCCUCUCUACAUCUCAAAUGUUGCACAUUUUCAGGCCAAAGAGGCGGGAGACUUGUCGACACUAUUUGAUGUGGGAGGAAUUGUGGGAGGCAUACUGGCAGGCCUUGUGUCUGACUACACGGGAGGGAGAGCAACAACUUGCUGCGUCAUGCUGCUCGCUGCUGGUCCAAUGCUUUUCCUCUAUAAUUACAUUGGACAACGCAGCAUGGGUACUACAGUCGCUAUGCUGCUGGUGUGUGGAGGCCUGGUGAACGGACCGUAUGCCCUUAUCACUACUGCUGUAUCAGCUGACCUGGGAACACAUGAGUGUCUGAGAGGAAACUCCAGGGCGUUGUCAACGGUGACGGCAAUUAUUGACGGCACAGGUUCAGUAGGAGCGGCGGUGGGUCCUCUGUUAGCCGGUGUGAUCUCUCCCACUGGCUGGAACAACGUCUUCUACAUGCUCAUCUCUGCCGAUGUCUUAGCCUGCCUGUUUUUGUCCAGGCUUGUUUAUAAAGAAGCUCAGGGUUGGUGUGGACGUAAUCCUCGAGUCAGAGGGUUCAAAGAAAUCUGAAACACUCACACUAUCAAGCUGGGACCCAACGAAGAAAAGAGGGACCCAAUGCUGAAACUGACCUCAGCGGACAACCGGUGGACAACCUCACUCCAUUUAAGCUGAAUGGAAACCAGUGGAGCCACCAGUGAAAAUUCAGGGCACUAAACUGACGAUCAAAGCCUUCCUCUUAUUGUAAAACAGAGAGAAAUAUGUCUUUAUGGAGACAACGCCUUUUUUAUUAUGACUAAUCUGCUCAAAUUGUUUGUUUUAUUAUUCUUUUAUCAUUAAACGUGUACAUACUG